AUCAAAGAUGGCGGCGAGAGGCUGCGUCUGUCUGGCGGUCUGUGACAUCCCGCGCGCCCUGCGCUCCGCCGACCUCAGGAAUUACUUCUCGCAGUUCACAGAGAGCGGCGGCUUCGCGUGUUUCCACUAUCGGCACCGACCGCAACCCCAGGCCCCGGGGCGGACCCGGUCCCGGGCUCAGGCGGCGGCGGCCUCCUCCUCCUGCUGCUGCUGCUGUGUGGUCAGCCUCCCCGCCCACAGGGCCUCGGCCUUCAUCGACAUGUACAGCGGCCGCCAGUGGGUGGACCGGGCCGGGUCCUGGCUGCGGAGUCGUUGCCUGGUUCGGAGGGUGAGAGCGGCAGAGGCGGCGGAUUUGAACCUCUUCCCCUACAAAACUAAACUGGAGUUGCAGAAUAAGAAGGCUCAGAGCGAGAUCUUCACACAACACGAUUUGUCCAGACUGCCAGAGUUGAAUCCUCCUGCUCUGAUGCCCAAUGGGAAUGUGGGAACACCAGUGAGAGUUUUCCUAGAGCUGAUCCAGGCCUGCAGGCUGCCACCUCGCAUCAUCACAAAACUGGACUUAAAAUUCCCUAAAACUAGCUCCAACAGACGUUAUGGUAAUGUACCAUUCCAGUAUGAGACCUCAGAACUGCUGGAACAAGAGGAAUCUAUUUACACAGCUACAGGAGAAGAGAUCUCGGGGAGGAGUACAUCAUUUUUCCCACUCUGGCACAAUGACAAGCGGGAAGAGGUGGAAAAUGGCCAUUUACCAGAUAGCAUAGAGCAGGAAGAGGAAAAAGGAGCUGAACCUCAUUCGGACAAUGACGAAGAUUCGUGCGAGGAGUGGGAGAGGCAUGAGGCGUUGCACGAGGAUGUCACAACGCAAGAACGCACAAAGGAGCGCUUGUUUGAAGAAGAGAUUGAACUCAAGUGGGAGAAGGGAGGAUCUGGCUUGGUAUUUUAUACUGACGCACAAUAUUGGCAGCAGGAAGAAGGAGAUUUCGAUGAGGAAACUGCGGAUGACUGGGAUGUGGAUAUGAGCGUUUACUAUGACAAAGGUGGAGGGGAUAAAGAUUCCCGGGAUUAUGUACAGAUGAGGCUGGAGCAGCGUUUGAGAGAGGGUCUGGAAUCUGGCUCUGUGCAGACCUUGCGUAUUGGGAGCUUUGAAAAAUACACAAAGGGUUUUGGCAGGAAGGAAAUGGAAAAACAGGGAUGGACAGAGGGUCUUGGCCUAGGCUCCAGUAGCUCAGGGAUGGCUGAUGCUUUGGAAAACGAUGGACAGCAUCCAAAGUGUAAACGUGGACUGGGGUACCACGGAGAAAAACUCCAGAGAUACCAACCAGCAAAGAGGCUGCGCAGAGAAACCAGUCACAUAAUUUCAACUAUUUACGACCAGCCUGAGAGUAUUGAUCAGGGCGACACGUUGCUUCGGAGGCAGCCGGUGACCAGCAUGAAAUACAGAGAGGAUGUUGCCUUUGUAAAGGGUUCACAUGUCACACAUCACUCAGUCGCAUUGUAGUGAGAAACUGCCAGCCCUACAGCACCGUCACCAGAGAUCAAUCGUCAUUCAAAAUAAAAUCUUAAUUCUUGUGA